AUGGCGUCCUUCGAAUUGACUGUGGCCACGCGUGCCAACCAUGCAGCUUUGCUGCCUGUGGUGCUCAUUGCCACCUCUAUCAAUGAGGCUCGUUCCAUUCCCGCCAUCAAGAUCCACUGCGAGGACACCGCGAUGCUGAACGAGGGCGACAAGGCCAUUGUCCAGCUGACCAGCGGCUCCAAAUCGGUGUUUGGCACUAGCAAUGCCAUCCAGGAGCUGUUUACUCACUUUCCCUUCCUGCGAAGCAAGGAUACGAAGCUGGAGGAUGAGUGGAUCUCCCAGCUCGACGCCUUCGCUACUCUGGAUUUUAAGGCGCUUGAUCCUCUUCUUCAACGCCUGAAUGCCUACCUUAUGCUGCGGUCUUUCAUCGUCGGAUAUUCUCUCUCUACCCCCGACAUCGCCAUCUGGGGUGCCCUCCGUGGAAACCGAGUCGCUCUUGCGGCUCUGAAGAAGGGCUCGCUUGUGAACCUAACUCGUUGGUACAAGUUCUUGGAGGAUCUGUGCCCGUGGGCCUCUUCUGCCGCCGAGACUUUGAACGCUGCCGCCAAGGAGAAGAAGUCUGCCAAGUCCAAGGAGGGCGGCAAUUACGACAUUGCUCUCCUCAAUACCGAGAAGGGAGUUGUGACUCGUUUCCCGCCUGAGCCGUCGGGAUAUCUCCAUAUCGGGCACGCCAAGGCCGCCUUGCUCAACGACUACUUCGCGCACGAAAAGUACAAUGGAACCCUCCUCCUUCGAUUUGACGACACCAACCCGUCCAAGGAGAAGGAGGAAUUCCAAGACGCCAUUGUCGAAGAUCUCAAGCUCAUGGGAAUCAAGCCCAACAAGAUGACCUACACUAGCGAUUAUUUCGAGGAGCUGUUUGACUACUGCGUGAGGAUGAUCUCGGAAGGAAAUGCCUAUGCAGAUGACACAGACAAGGAAACCAUGUCUGCCCAACGUUUUGACGGUAUUCCAAGCAAGCGCCGUGACCUCUCCCCGGAGGAGAGCUUGGCUCAUUUUCAGGAGAUGAAGCAGGGCACUCCCGAAGGCCUGCGGUGGUGCAUUCGUGCUAAGAUAUCUCCAGACAACAAGAACAAGGCGCUUCGGGACCCAGUCAUUUACCGCUGCAACCCAACUCCUCACCACCGCACGGGCAGCAAGUGGAAGAUCUACCCGACCUACGACUUUGCGUGCCCCGUAGUAGAUUCCAUUGAAGGUGUCACUCACGCUCUUCGCACGAUAGAGUAUAGGGAUCGCAACCCGCAGUACCAGUGGAUGCUUGAUACGCUUAAGCUGCGCACCGUUCAGGUCUGGGACUUUGCUCGGAUGAACUUUAUCCGUACGCUGCUAUCUAAGCGCAAGUUGACCAAGCUAGUCGAGACGGGUACUGUCUGGGGCUGGGACGACCCGCGUUUCCCGACCAUUCGUGGUAUUCGCCGCCGUGGUAUGACCAUCCCCGCACUGCGCGAGUUUAUCCUCAAGCAGGGCCCGUCUAAGGCGGUCACCAACUUCAGCUGGGACCUCAUCUGGAACACCAACAAGAAGUACAUUGAUCCUGUUAGUCCGCGCCACACAGCCAUUAUGACCAAGGGCAUGGUUAAGGCGACUAUCACGGGCGCCCCCGCGGCGUAUACGGAGGAGAAACCCAAACAUGCCAAGAACGCGGCCGUGGGAAUGAAGACCGUUGCCUUCAGUGGCUCGAUUGUCAUGGAGCAGGAGGACGCGAAGCUCUUCAAGCAGGACGAGGAGAUCACACUUAUGAGCUGGGGCAACGCGAUCGUGCGCAAGAUCACUACCGACGCCGGUGUCAUUACCCACCUCGAGUUGGAGUUGCACCUGGAAGGCGACUUCAAGAAGACCGAGAAGAAGGUGACGUGGCUAUCGACCGAGGGCCAGGAACUGAUCCCCGUCGAGCUCGUCGACUUUGACCACCUGCUCACCAAGGAUUCGUUGGACGAGGAUGACAAACUAGAGGAUUUCCUCAACCCUCACACCGAGUUCCGUGAGGAUGCCGUGGCCGAUGGCAACGUGGCGAAGCUGAAGGAGGGAGAUAUCAUCCAGUUCGAGCGCAAGGGAUUCUACCGCCUGGAUCAGGCCUACGCGCCUGGGACUCCGGCGGUGUUCUUCAACAUUCCCACGGGCAAGUUGAAAUAG